AUGGCCUCAUCUUACCUGACUAUCCCAGCGAGGCGUCAUGGCGGUGGCAAAUCGUUUCGUGGACACGGGGGAGGGUAUCACAACGCAGCUUCGUUAACGCUUGAACGCUAUCUCCAGGAUCUUCCAAUCGCCGAGGUUCCCACGAGCCCUUUGCGGCCGCAAUUUCAUACCGGCCGUCUCCCGAAUAGUAAACUCAGCGAUGGAAAACCACGAUUACUGCUCAUGGGUCAGCGGAGGAGUGGGAAAUCGUCAAUAUCUAGCGUUGUAUUUCACAAGAUGCCACCUACGGAGACGUUGUUCCUAGAAUCUACCGCGAGGAUCCAAAAGGACUCUAUGCACUCCUUUAUGGAUUUUCAAGUUUGGGAUUUUCCCGGCCAACUCGACUUUUUCGACCCCGCCUUUGACGUGGACAACAUUUUCGGUGAAAUCGGUGCGCUCAUAUGGGUCAUUGACGCGCAGGACGACUACCUUGACGCGAUCAACAGACUAAACACCACCAUCUUACAUCUUCAACAGACGUACCCUUCGAUCAAUGUGGAGGUCUUUAUUCACAAAGUCGAUGGUCUCUCCGAGGAUUACAAAGCCGAUACUUUUCGGGACGUUAUCCAACGGAUUCAAGAUGAACUCUCAGAUGCUGGCUAUGAAAAUGCGCCUGUUAGCUUCUACCAGACGAGCAUCUACGAUCACUCUAUUUUUGAAGCAUUUAGCAAAGUUAUCCAAAAGCUAAUCCCCCAACUACCCACCCUUGAAUCUCUCCUCGACAGCUUAUGCAACAAUUGCCGGAUCGAAAAGGCCUUUCUCUUUGACGUGCUCAGCAAAAUUUACAUUGCCGCGGACACCACGCCAUCGGACAUUAGCAGCUAUGAAAUCUCAUCCGACUAUAUCGAUGUCAUUGUCGACGUGAGCGAGAUAUAUGGGUGGGAUAGACCUAGUAAAGCGGCGGAGAAUGAAGUCGAUGGCGAGGAUCAGAUUGAGAAUCCGGACGCCGAAAGCGUAAUUACGCUGCAGAACGAUAGUUAUUUAUAUUUGCGGGAGAUUAACAAAUAUCUCGCACUCAUCUGCCUUAUGCGUGAAGACUCACGAGGCAAAAAGGGUCUUAUCGAUUACAACGUUGGUGUCUUCCAAGACGCCCUGGCACAGGUGUUUACUCGAUGA